AUGUUCUCAGCAGGAAAGUUGCACUCUCAUCCCGAACCAGCUUUUUGCAUGAUUUGCGGCCUUCAGGAGGGCAAUGAUAAGUGGCUCAAAGCAAUCUAUUGCACACCGACUGGGGUGAAAGUGACCAAUCCCAGGCAGGACCCCUGGUAUAGGUCACUAGAAUCCAGUAAUGGCGGGAGUGAGAUACAGAAUGGAACGGACGUGUAUCUCUUUCACGAGGAGCCAUGCUGGCAUCGUCUCUUGGAACAUAUCGGCCCUGACAAACUUCAUUUGGCCAGUCUCUUUGGGGCAUUGGAGCGUUUACCACUCCCGAGAGACUAUACCUUUCCUUCAUAUGCUUCAUUACCAGGCAGGAUAGGUCUAUGUGCCUGGCCUGGAACGGAAGACGACCUACAUGAAUUCCCCAUCCUCCCUGGCCGGUUUCCCCUUCCUGGUCUGGAAGAGCUGAUGCGGUUCGCAAAAGACCCUCCCAAGCCCUCAUCAAUUAUCGCGCAAAGGCCCGUCAACCAUCCAACAGAUGGUUUCGCACAACUCUCAUUUGAGACUAUUGUGAUUAUAUCAAGCAUGCUAUCGACAAAGGAGGCUCUAGACCUCCGGCAUGUGACACGAGCUGCGAUCCCACUUUUCGCAAGCUCGAAAUUCUGGAGAACGCGAUUUGCCAUCAACGGAGAACGUGGCUUUCUCCUCCCCGUAGUCCGGAAAUUCUUCCCGCCGGAGGGCAAUCAUGAGAUCGACUGGAGACUCCUGUACCAUUGCACUGCUCAUCUGAACUGUAGUGAUUGGUUUGAAAUAGAGAUUCGGGCCUGGGAAACCUUGCGCUGGCUUCGAGACACCGCUUCGGCUAUACACCGUGAGAGGCCACGUCCGCCCGACUUCCGGGGUAGUCCAGCCCUGCAGCAUUAUCACAAUACCACCCGAGAAGUGAACAUCACCGGGAUCGAGUUUAUCUUUGAUGAUGGUCGUCCCAGCGCCAUGUUUGGCUACGCUACCCCUGGAGCGCAGCAGAUGACACGCAAGAAAUAUGCACGUAAAACACGUAGAAGCCCUUUCGAUAGGCAUACGAAGUGGCCAUAUCCCGGUGUUCGGGUGACGAUGGAUGUCGUUGGUCUACGUGGGAUCGUGUUCCUCAAAGAUGCAAACGGGAUCCACAGCGUUUCUAUAUACCAUGAUGGGGAAGAAUUUGACGAGAUUGAUGACUCUCUCUGUGUUGGCCUUGCGACACAUGACAACGACCAAGAAGAGCAGGUUGCAUAUUCUGUCUCCCUGGACAAGGUCGAAAAGGUCAUUGCAGUAGUUGAUAACCGCAAGAUGAUUGAUCUGGGAAUUUCCGGGACGACAACGAAGCGGUCUGGAUACGCCGAGGAUGAGUGGGAUGAUGUUGUGGAUAUCUAUAAAUAG